GCGAGAAGAGAGUUAACUCCUGAACUUCGCAGUCAGAUUUUUUUUUUUGAUAAGGAAAAAGUAGGAAAAUCGUAAUUCUGCUGAAAUGGCAUUCCGGAGGAGAAAUAAAAGUUACCCUUUCUUCAGCCAGGAAUUCUUAAUACAGAAUCAUGCCGAUAUCGUAUUCAGUUUGGUCAUUUUCAUUCUGAUUGGAUUGAUGUUUGAGGCAACAGCAAAGACUGCCAUCCUGUUUAUUCAACCCCAGUACAACACCAGCACACUCUCGCCAGAGGGUGAGGUAACUUUGUACCAGUAUGGCUGGCGGGACUGUGCCACUAUCCUCUUCUAUUUCUUCAUCAUCAUCAUCCUCCAUGCUGUAGUGCAGGAGUACGUCCUUGAUAAAGUAAACCGACGUCUCCACCUCUCUAAAAGCAAGAACACUAAGUUCAAUGAGUCUGGACAGCUGUGUGUGUUUCACCUGGUGUCCAGCAUUUGGAGUCUCUACAUAAUCAUAACGGAAGGGUACCUGUUCCACCCCAGCCGCCUCUGGGAGAGCUACCCACACGCCCAUCUCAGGUUUCAGGUGAAGGUCUUCUACCUCACCCAGUUGGCCUACUGGCUCCACACCCUCCCUGAGCUCUACUUCCAGAAAAUGCGGAAGGAGGAGAUCCCUCGACAGUUGCAGUACAUUGGACUCUACCUUCUGCACAUUUCGGCAGCGUACCUGCUCAAUUUGAGCCGUGUAGGUCUGGUGCUCCUUUGUCUUCAGUACCUAUCAGAGCUCGGAUUUCACAUCGCCAGGAUGUUCUACUUCACUGAUGAGAGCCAUCAAAAGAUGUUUGACCUGUGGGCCGUGAGCUUUGUGUUAACGCGGAUGGUCACCCUGACGCUCAUGUUCCUGGCUGUGGGUUUUGGGUUGGCCCGUGCCGAAAACCAGGGGCUGGAUUGGAACCUUGGUAACUUUAAUACUCUGCUGAUACGGAUGACUGUUUUGAUAGCGGUGUGUCUUACCCAGUCCUGGCUCCUGUGGAAGUUCAUCCGUUUCCAGCUGAAGCGGUGGCGAGAGUUCCGACAUGAACAGGCUGCUAGGAAGAGGGCCACUGCCAAGCAAACCCCCCGGCCGCUGAAGAGAGAUUCCCUUGGCCAACAUGAAAAUGGGGUGAUCAAGGCAGAGAAUGGAGCCUCUCCACGGUCCAAAAAGAUCAAGGCCCCCUAAUGGAUCCGGCAACAUGGCGGCCCCAACAGUGGCCCUGACUUAAUGGCUUAUCAAUCAGAAGAACGGGAAACUGGUCCCCACGUGGCUAAUCCUCUUCUUGUUUUGUGUGUUCCGGAGGCGAUGAAGGCUCUGGGUUUGUCGCCAUGGGCACUACAAGUCUUUAGAAAUUCUGGAGGAAAAUAUAAAACCAAUCCCGUAUUGAGCCCUGAAUAGACUCUUCAACUCUCUGCCUGCUCUCUACUCUUUUAUAUAUCAGUAUUUUUUUUUUAUCCAGCCACGCCACCUGCUAUGGCCGAUCCGUUUCUGGUGCUCCCUCUCUAUACAGAAGGAUGUGUAUAUGUUGUUUAUGACACGCUGUAUAUUGUGUCAGAUUGAAUGUCCCUCAGUCAUCAAGUGUUUUACUGGUCUAGGGUUUGUCCGUCUCGCUGUCUCUGCUGUUAAAUGAGCCUGCUUUGCUUUUUUUUUCUUUUAGCAUGGGUUGUGUUCAUUAGUCUUAAAACGGAAGAAGAGACUGAUGCAUGAAGGGACUGUCCGGAGCUUUUCCCGAUAAACUCUUGUUUUCCACUUUCCUUUCGGCAUCUUAAUGAACGCACCCCUGGUCGCUUGGCGCUGGAAUAAUGUUGCCAAUGCAGCAGUGGUUUUUAGAGGGAAACCAGACAUUACCCAAACAGUGUUGGGUCCUGUCGAGUGGGUGGGACCAGGUCAACUGGACCAAUCAGGGGGCUCUGGUUGCUCCUUAGCACCUCCCUCGGUCGUCGCCAGUGAGACUGGGUGCCGUGCUCAGGCUGUGUUCACUUCACGCAAACUGUGACUGUCCUGUCGGUCAUUGUCUGUCUUGGAUAACACUGCAUGCCCUUCUGUUGUCAUUGUUCAAGAAGUGUAUGUUAUUACUUUAUUAAAUAAUGCAUUUUUCUCUAA